UGGGGAGGGCAGGGGGCGGGGAGCAGGAGGAAGGCGCUGGCGGGCAGUGAUGGCGGCCGGGGAUGGGGACGUGAAGUCAGGCACCCUGGGGAGUGGCAGCGAGAGCAGUAGCGACGGCAGCAGCGGGAGUCCCAGCGGCGCGACAACGGAAGGGGGCGGCUGGGCGGCGGCGGCGUUGGCGCUUCUGACGGGGGGCGGGGAGAUGCUGCUAAACGUGGCGCUGGUGGCGCUGGUGCUGCUGGGGGCCUACCGGCUGUGGGUGCGCUGGGGGCGGCGGGGUCUGGGCGCCGGGGCCGGGGCGGGCGAGGAGAGCCCGGCCGCCGCUCUGCCCCGCAUGAAGAAGCGGGACUUCAGCUUGGAGCAGCUGCGCCAGUUCGACGGGUCCCGCACGCCGCGCAUCCUGCUCGCGGUCAAUGGGAAAGUCUUCGACGUGACCAAAGGCAGCAAGUUCUACGGCCCAGCGGGUCCAUAUGGAAUAUUUGCGGGUAGGGAUGCCUCCAGAGGACUGGCAACAUUUUGCCUGGAUAAGGAUGCACUUAGAGAUGAGUACGAUGAUCUCUCAGAUUUGAACGCAGUACAGAUGGAGAGUGUUCGAGAAUGGGAAAUGCAGUUCAAAGAAAAAUAUGAUUAUGUAGGCAGACUCCUAAAACCAGGGGAAGAACCUUCAGAAUACACAGAUGAAGAAGAUACCAAGGAUCACAAUAAACAGGAUUGAACUUUGUAAACAACCAAAGUCAGGGGCCUUCAGAACUGCAGUUCUUUCUCCCUUCACAGAAUGUCCAGUGUCUUUGGGUUUGAUUCACCUGCUGCGAAAACACUCAACAGAUUGUGUUCCAUAUAAAUGAGUCUCACUAUGAAGAUCUGAGUGCUAGACAUUAUUUACACUGCCAAACUCCUUUGUUGCAGUUGUUUCUAAUGUCUGGUGGGUGUUUGUCAUCUGCAAAGGAGAGGUCAGGGAGUUCUUCGACAGCAAGAAAGUCCACAAGGAGGUUACUUUCAGCUCGCACGCUCUCUUUCUCUCUCUUUCCCUCCCUCCCCCCCCUUCAUUCAUUCCUUCUUUUUUAAAAAAUGUAUCAAAGACAACCAGAUACGUAUUUGCUACUCAAGUGUACAAUUCUCCUCGAAAAGCAGCAAGGGACUCCUGUUUCACAUGCUGUGUUUUGAUUUUAGCAUUAAGGAGGGAGGAGGCCUGGAAGGGAGGUGGGAGUUGCACGUUAAUUUGAGUAGUUGAGGCUACUGAAACAUUACAAUGUGAGUUCCCAAACUUGGGCUUUGUCAGGGAAAAGGAAAGAACUUUUUUCUAAUAGUCCUUUGGAAAUGAGUUUCAGGUGGAUUGAGGUCAAAGCAACUCCCCAACUGAGAUCUUAGAAACCAAUUUUAUCUCUUCCUUUCCUUCCCCUAGGUCAAAUCAAUAUUAAUUGUGCCUUAUUUCACUUCCAUAAACUUGAAUUAAUUUUAGGGAAAGCCCCUAUGUGAAUUCAGAAGUCACUACAAGCAGCAUUGAAACUGAAGUUGGAAUAAACUUGAUGUCAUUCUGUGUAUCUAGAAUGUAAAAGGAACAGUCAGUGUUAACUGCCAUAUCUGUUAAUAUACACAACUUAAUUACCACUGUAAUGGCCAAAUGCAUUCCCCAUGCUUUUCUCUCUCCCAAAAAAUUGAAAAACAAAUCAACUCUUAUCCCCCAACCACUCCUAACUUUAGGAGUGGCCCUCACACCUGGUGUGGGUGCAUGGGGCGGUGGUGUGGAUGUCUGUGUGGGUGAGUCUUGGGUGUAUGUGAGAGGCCGUGGAAGGGACUCUUUCUGCAGAUACUGUAAAUACAAGUACCGUUUUAAUAAAGCAUGUACAAUAAACCAAA